CGUGACCUAUGCGGAAACUAGUUGGAUGAGUAACUGAAGACGCAGUCUCUUCAAUCCUCCAUUAUGAGCAAAAAGAAUCAGGUUUCGUAUGUGAAGCCGGACGAACCCGCCUUCCUGAGUCGUUUCAAAGAGCGAAUCGGCUAUCGAGAGGGGCCCACCGUGGACACCAAGAGAGAACAGCUUCCAGCUCCUGAAGAUGACAGUGGAAGUGAUAAGGAAGAUGAACAACCACAGGUGAUUGUACUGAAAAAAGGAGACCUAACUGCAGAAGAAAUUGCAAAGAUCAAAGAGGAGCUCAAAGAGGUCACAGAAGCUGAUCCUGAAGAUGGGAAGAUUAUAUUCCGGAAACCUCCUAAGCGUUCAGCAGAAGAGAACUAUUUUGGUUUGACAGUUACUUCAAAUAAAAAAAUUAAAGCGAUAAAGAAGAAUUCUCUAAAUUUUCAAAAUUCAGCUAAGCAAGUUAAAAAUAAAAGCUUGCUUUCUUUUGAUGCUGAAGAAAGUGAUGAUUAGGAACAAUCUAAUUGCUGUAUACACGUUUUCUUAAAGCAAACAGGCUUUACAUUUUAUAAAUGAGGCUUUGCAUUCAGCAUUUAGAAUUAUUUUCACAUUUUUACUCAUACACAUUGUAAAAUGCAAUAUAUUUUAUUUGGGACUAAGAAUGUAAAUAUUACUUCGGGAAAACUUCCUGUUCUUUCUUAAAAAUCUCAGGAAAUUUAUUGGGGUUAUGCUUAUGCUAACUAUAUUGAUUUCAAAGGGAAGAUCCUGACACAACACAGGCUUUGGUAAAAAAAUAUUUGGAAAUCCUGUAUGCUUGUAACUAGAGUUGGAUUGUGUUGCUACAAAACAUGUAGCAAGAUUAACUAUGUAAGGCUUCAUCAAGGAGCUGAUCUGAACAGCUGUUUUAAGUAAAGCUGAUAUUCUGCUACUACUAAUUGGCUAAAAUUAUUUUGUCUUUAUCUUUUACCCCUAACCUUCAGUAAAUAAAAAGAUUUUCUGUGUA